AGGUAAAUAAUGUAACGCACACUCGCAUACACGCCUCUGUAUAAAAAACGUGGAGAGCCGAGAGAGCGGUUGAACAAGCAGCGACUCUUUGCGACGUAGGACGUGCAGCAAAAUACUGCGGAGAAAAACGACGUAACCUACACGCGAGUCAAAAAAGGCGGGAUAUCGGGAAUUCGAACGUUAAUCAUGCAGAAGAAAGCUAGAAAAACGAGACGUCAGCUUUUAGCAGAAAAGGCAGCGACGCAGCAGCAACUUAUAAACAAGGCAAAUACUCAGGCAAAUCCUUUAGAGGCUCUCCAAAAGUUUCACGAAUAUGUCACAAAGGAUAACAAAACGAUUAAACUUACUUGCGUCAGGGCAAGGGAUGCAACAUGGACGUUGCUUUCUUGGAUUUUUGAUAUUAUGGAGAGAAACAUGAAGGACAUGUAUGAGCGUUCCAGCUGGGGAUGGAACGCAGCUGAAAAACGAUCGGAGCUAACGGAAGAAACCGCGUGGUAUUUGGUAGCUUCGUACGAAGACAAACAUCUUGGCUUUUCACACUUUCGAUUUGACGUCGACAAUGGUGAUGUUGUGUUAUAUUGCUAUGAAUUACAAUUGGAACCAUCGGCCAGGCGCAAAGGACUUGGCCGUUUUAUGAUGUCAGCUCUGGAAUCUAUGGCAUACCAAAACCAGAUGCUGAAAGUUGUUUUAACCGUCUUCAAGCACAAUCCCUCGGCAAUACAAUUCUUCUAUGCUCUUGGGUACAAAUUAGACAAUUCAAAUCCACCGGCCUCGGCACAUUUGGACUAUAUUAUCUUGAGUAAACAAAAUUUAUGUGGAUAAAUAAGAAACAACUAUGUUGCGUCUUCUUCCCGAUUAGGAUUGCGUCUUAUGAAAUAAAAUUGGCAGUAUUUGAUGCG